AUGGCUUCCAACGACUUUGUCAUCCCAGCCAUCACCCUUGACGCGCCCGACAGCCAAUUAACGAACUUCACAGCCGACCGCGCCCGGGAGAUUGCCGCCACACUGAACAACUGGGACAGCAACAUACUCGACCGCGAGACCCGGCUCCGGACCAACCCGUUCCAGGCCACCGAGGGCAUAAUCGACAUAUCUAACCCCUUCCUCUGCUUCACUCCCGUCAUUUGGGUCUUCAAGAGCCAGUCUGACCUUAUUACUGUCUUCCAAAGCGCUUUCCGCCGUAAUACGACGUUCUAUAAAGACAACGUCAAGGAUAAGAACGCCAGGGUUCGGCUGUGGCUGCCCAAGACCGGCCGCCAGCCCGAUGACAACAACUACCCUACAGCCAAUCUAAUCAAGAUGGGCGAAGGCCGGCUCCUCAUCCUCACCACUACCGCCUACAAGGACCCCGAGUGCGAGUUCUGGACCUACGAGGCUGCUGCAAAGGCCGCCGCCAAGGAAGCAUCUGCACCGGCUGAAGGACAGGCCCAGGCCGCCCAGGAAGCAUUCACCAUUCCGGACGACUUCAGAAUUCAUGGCACCGUCACACGCCACUUCCCCUUCGGCCACCGCUCCUUGCGGCCCUACUCCAACAGCAGACAAGAGAGCCCGAAAUAGGUCCCCCGCCAUCUCUACAACCCAGAGGGGCAGUAGGGGGAAGGAAAGGGUAGGGAAAAAGGCAAGCAGGUCCAGGGUUAAUAAAGACAAAUAGAUCCCAAAGUAGAGGAUAGCAAAUACAAAGGACAGUAGGGGUAAUAUAAAAACGUGCGUCUCCCAUCUCAUAAGGAAAACGUCAAUUAAAGAGUUAAUUAGUAGAAAUGGAUUGAGUAGAACACGCCUUAAGGAGUUUGGCAGUAUAACUUCUCGUACCCGGACCGCUAGGAGGGCUGGUUUCGACUGUACUAAGGUCCUUACCUAUAAUCGAGCUAAUAAGACUUUAAUAGAGGAGGAUCGCUAGAGUAGUAGAUAC